GCCAGGUCGUGGGGCACGUGCGAGGACCCGGUCGACGCAGAAGACCCCUCUGGAUGAGCCACCCUCCCCCACGGUCUUCCCCCGCGACGAGCCGUAACGGCGGGCCCCGCGAGCCAGGGGUGCUUUGGAGUUCAGUGGGGGAACGGACCCGGAUCGCAGAAGUUCUAUCGCCCGGGCCCCCGGGUCGGCUCAGUUACGCGCCGAACGUCGCUAAGUCAGCUAGGAGCGUGUGAUCAACCGUGCGGUUUUGGAGUGUGUGACUAAUUGCGAGAGCGCAAGGUAAAAGCGUAAAAAUUGCCAUGAGCUCUGCUGUUCACUGACAUCGAACGCAACCAGCCCUGAAAUGAGCCGCUUUAAGAGAAAACAGAGCCAGGUUUUCUGGAAGUACAUGGAGUCCCAGGACCUCGGCCUGCCGAGCAAGACUGACCUCCUCAAGUCAAGGGAAGUCCUCGAGCUUCCGGCGCCGCUCGACGAUGCGGAGGAAAAGCUUGCGGCCGGGGGAGUUGCGGAGGGCCCCGAAGACUGGAACGAGCCGCGGGACCGGGAGAGAUCGGCGAGUCCGAAGAGCUUCGUCGGCCACCGGAGCCAGGACUCAGGAUUCUCGGACUCCGAACGCUCGGAAGAGUCGGGGGUUGACGCGUACGCUUCACGCGUCGAGAGGCUGCGCCGCGCACGGACCAGGAAGUUGCGACGACGGAGGAUUUCCGAGGAUCGGGAGAGUGAGGAACGCCUCUCUCCCGCGAGGGAAGAGAGAGACCAGCGCUGCGGCGCCGUUAGGAGACUCGACUCGCUCUGGGCACCCACCGAAAUUCCACCGCACCCCAGGCACACGUCGACCCCUAAAACUGGUGAGCCUCGCGGCCGGAAGGUUUCCGCGUCCCUCCCGCGCGGCUCCAGAAGACGAGGCGUUGAUAAGAGGCGGGAGACUUCACCUGCUGCUUUCGAUCGGGGAGACGCGGACGAUGACGACGAAGAGGCCGAGGAGGGUGAUCGAGUGCCUCGAAUGAUCGGAAUGUCUAUGGCGGACGGAGAGUGCUUGGGAGAUUUUUUGUACGCCAAUGAGCCGCCGGAGGACGUUUUCCAAGCGUCGGAGUCCGCGACGGCGUCUUCGGGAGCGGUACGACGAUCGUCGGCGCAUCGGACUGGUGAAAAUUCCAACGGACAAUUUGCGCCGGUCAAGUCAUGGCUGAACCUUCUCGCCGUGGAGACCGAGGCCGAGUGCGGUGCUACUUUGCAGAGCAAAGCCUUGCCCAGAAUCAGAACUCCCUGUAGCAGUCACAGUGGCAGUACGACGAGUCUUCAACACUGCAUGCAAGGCCGCGAUUCCACCCUCCUCACCGCCUCCGCGACCGCCGCUGCGACGAAACUAUUGGCUAAGGUUGAACAGUUCCAUCAACGGUAUCAAUCCGCUCUGGAAGCGCUGAACAGGCCUGGUAGCGAGAGAUCAGAACGCGGUUUGAUACAGUCGCUCGAAGAGGAGGCGUUCCUGCUGCUCUCGGAGCUCGGAGCACCACCGCCCCAAAGAGUGCGCAACUUGACCUGUUCGAAAGAAGUUCUUCGGCAGCUCAGAGAACUACAGAACGAAUUGGACCACGUUGUAGACACUCGUCUAGAUUUUUACGUCGAGCGGAUCGUCCGUGGGCUGGAGGAGGCGCCAAGGGAGGACGGGAUCGCAGCGCGAGGCGCGCUGGCCGGGUUAACGGCGCUGGGUCUAGGUCCAGGAAAUCGAAGAGGGGGGCGAAGCGUCGCGCGAUGUUCGGGGGUGCGAACACUGCUGACGGCGUUAAUUUCAGUGCGGGGGCAGUCUAGCGCAUCGAGGGAUUCGCGGGUCGCGUGCCUGCGUGCCCUCGGUAGCGUCUGUUGUUGCGCCGAGGCGAUAGAGCAGCUGGCUGCGCACGGCGGCUCGGAGAUUUUGGCGGACCUCCUGAGCUCUGAGGCGGCGCCGGAAGCCGAGAAAAUGGAGGCCACGGCCCUCGUCGUGCAAAUAACGGCGCCCUGGACUGACGCCUUGGGGCUUCCCCACCUCGAGCCCUUCGCCGAGGAACUGGUUCAGUCGCUGACUCUCCUCGCCGGGGAUACCGCCUGCUCGCAGACGCUGCUCCUGGCCGCGGCGGCCUUGAACAAUUUAGCGCGGUCCCCACGAUGCGCGGGCCCAAUGGUGGCCUGCAAGACAGUCGCCACUUUGCUCAGGAGCGUGCGGCGAUCGGGGGGCGGAAGCAUUUGCCUUAUGGAGCAGGUCGCGGCUCUGAUCGGCGAGUUGGCGAGAUCCUCGCAGAUUCAUCCACACUUGGCGGAGGCCAGGGCAUCUGUAGCCCUGGUCUGUUUCCUCAGAAUGACACCUCCUGGCCUCGAAAUUGCCUACAGGAAACUCGAGGCCACCGCCUCGGAGGCCCUUGCAAGGCUCUGCGUACAUCGAGAGGUCGCCCAGCAGGUCGUCGACGUCGGUGCCAUAAAUUGCGUCAUUCCUUACAAUCAGGUGACCAUCGCGGACUCGUCGACGGUCAGAAAAGCCCCGAACAAUCGGUAUACUCGUUCUCUCAGGAUCGCUUGUAAGAGAGCCGCCAAACAGAUUGACGCCGCCAAAGCUUCCGAUCGAGCUUGCACUUUGGAUCGUCGUUGAUUUUGAUAAGAGGUGCGGGAUCUGAGGACUGUCGAAAUUGAGUGAUAAAACACCGAGCAAUAUUUUAGCACUGAGAUAAUGUAAUGGAGGAAAAAGUGUUUAACGAGCGAAUCCGGUGUCGUACUCAUUUAUAUAGAUAUAUCACAACGAAUAAUAAUAGUAAUUAUAAUUAUAUAUGUAUAUUUGUAUAAUGAUUAUCGAUACUUCAUAUUAUAAAAUGUUUAUAGUUAUCGUUAAAACUACCGUCUACAUAAUAGUCAAAGACAUGGCUGAAAUUACGAGGCUCUGAAUCGAAAAUUACACACAUGGUUGUGAGAAAAUCCUUGAUGUAAUUUUAUACCUGGGUAUAUUAGUUUCAGUAUUUUCGCGUCGAUACACUAAAUACUAAAUUAUAAAGAAAAUCUACACGAGAAGGUUUCAAAGUUUUAUCAACUCAUUUUUGCAUACUUUAUGGGUAAAACACUGCGCUACGAAUAAUUGAUUUACCGCGCAUUAUACGUGAAUGUAAAUUUGUAAUAGAGUAGGCUUAUGACUCAUGUGCCAUAUUUUGCAACACACCCAGUAUCAAGUGUAAGUAACGACUUAUGGGCUUAUGAUACCUAUACCUAUAAUACGUGCGUAUUCAUAUAAUUAUAUCGUGUAAAUUUUCAUCGGUAUUUUUACUGGUGAGUGUAGAGAGACUGAUAGAGAGACUUCAGACAUUCUCCGAGUGGUGUCGUUUGGGUGAAUAAAAGUUUUUAUCCUAAA